AUGAGCACUUCGCUCUUGCUCCAGUCUCGUCGAGCGGCGUUGCUCUCGGCUCGUCGUUCAUUGCCGCUAUUGCAAUCUGCGCGAUGGAUGCACGAGCCCAGCGCCGCGCUCGAUUCUGCGAAACUCAUUGGGAACAACAGCGAAGCCUCGUCCCCAGCACCACGGAGGGCAUCCAAGCGCACCAGUGAGCGGCGGAAGCGGUCGACGCCAGCAGCGCGAGCAGCUGCACCUUCCAAAGCUUCUGCUUCAACAAGUUCCAGCUGUACAGAAGGUGCGGACAAGGAGGAAGGCAAGAAGCGCCCUCUCGUGUCGUCCUUCAAAGAUGGCAAGCCUUGGAUCACAGUCAUGGGACUCGGUGGUGCAGGUAGCAACGCUGUCAACAACAUGAUCGCGUCGCAAUUGGAAGGUGUGGAGUUCAUUGUAGCCAACACAGACUGUCAGGCUCUGGGACGCUCGCUGGCGCCGCACAAGAUCACGCUGGGCAAAGAUAUCACCAAGGGACUAGGAGCUGGAUCCAAACCUGAGCUGGGUAAACGCUCUGCGGAACAGCAGAAAGUGGAUAUCCAACGGAUGUUACAGGACAGCAACAUGCUGUUUAUCACGGGCGGAAUGGGCGGCGGAACCUGCACAGGAGCCGCACCUGUCGUGGCCAGUGUAGCCAGGGAGCUGGGGAUCCUAACGGUCGGAGUAGUAAGCACACCGUUCCGAUCCGAAGGACCCAAUCGCACUCGUCUGGCCAAUGCUGGAGUAAAAGAACUGGCCAAGUACGUCGACACCUUAAUUGUCGUGCCCAACCAGAACUUGCUGGCUUUGGCAGACAAGAGCACGACCAUGUUGGAAGCCUUCCGGUAUGCCGACGACGUGCUGCUUGAAGGAGUUAAAGGUGUCACGGACUUGAUCGUUCGCCCGGGACUUAUCAAUUUGGACUUUGCCGACAUCAAGACGAUUCUGUCGAAUGCAGGUCGUGCCAUAAUGGGAUCAGGCAUCUCGAGUGAAGAAGGUCGCGCUCGGAAAGCAGCCGAACAGGCUCUAGUGAACCCUUUGCUUGGCGACUUGCCUACGGAAUCUGCACACGGACUUUUAGUCACUAUUCGCGGUGGUGAGGACAUGACUCUGUUCGAAGUGGAUGAAAUCAUGGAGAUCAUUCGCAGUCGUGUACACGACGAAGCCAACAUCAUCUUCGGUACAUGCUAUGACCAGUCUCUAGAGGGCUCUGUGUACGUGUCCAUUAUCGUCAGUGGUAUCCAGACGGACGUCAUCUCCCCACCUAUCGGAGGUGCCCAUGUCCCUCUACAGGAAACCCACAAACGCGUAGAAACUGGCGAGUUCAUCAUCAAGCCCAAGCCGGAUAAUGAUGACAAGCCAGUUGAACAACGUAAGGGAUUGUUCGGUCGCUUUUUCUCACUUUAAAGAUUAAGUUUUCAAAGAAUAAAAAUUGAGCACUU